CAGAGAGAGAUAGAGCUCUUCAACUUUUCAAGCUCACACAUUAUUACUCCCACAAGUGCCGUGUAAUCAUUCUCUUUAUCCCUUACCCUUUCCCCGAAACUUAUCUUCUCCACCACCGUCACCGUCACCGUCACCGUCACCUUCUGUUUCCGACUAAGGACUAUGGAAGAAAAGGAUGUGUAUACAGAAGAUGGAACUGUCGAUAUUCACAAAAACCCUGCCAACAAGAAGACAACCGGAAACUGGAAAGCUUGCCGCUUCAUCCUCGGCAAUGAGUGUUGUGAAAGAUUGGCAUACUAUGGAAUGGGAACUAACCUCGUGAACUAUCUUGAAAGCCGUCUGAAUCAAGGCAACGCUACUGCUGCUAAUAACGUCACUAACUGGUCUGGAACAUGUUACAUAACUCCUCUGAUUGGUGCCUUUCUGGCUGAUGCUUAUCUCGGACGUUACUGGACUAUUGCAACCUUUGUUUUCAUCUAUGUCUCCGGCAUGACUCUGUUGACAUUAUCAGCUUCAGUUCCUGGACUUAAACCCGGUAACUGCAACGGCGACACGUGUCACCCUAACUCUGGCCAGACAGCUGUUUUCUUUGUUGCCCUCUACAUGAUCGCGCUCGGAACGGGAGGUAUAAAGCCGUGCGUUUCCUCCUUUGGAGCUGAUCAGUUUGAUGAGAAUGACGAGGCAGAGAAGCUGAAGAAAAGCUCUUUCUUCAACUGGUUUUACUUCUCCAUCAACGUUGGAGCUCUUGUUGCUGCCACUGUUCUUGUCUAUAUACAAAUGAACGUUGGCUGGGGGUGGGGUUUCGGUGUUCCGACCGUGGCUAUGGUCAUUGCUGUUGUGUUUUUCUUCUUGGGGAGUCGUUAUUACAGGCUUCAGAGACCUGGUGGGAGUCCACUCACGAGGAUCUUUCAGGUUAUUGUUGCUGCUUUCAGGAAGGUGAGUGUUAAGGUUCCAGAGGACAAGUCUUUGCUCUUUGAAACUGCAGAUGAUGAGAGUAAUAUCACAGGUAGCAGGAAGCUUGAGCAUACAGACAACUUAAUGUUUUUUGACAAGGCAGCGGUUGAGAGUCACUCGGAUAGCAUCAAAGACGGUGAGGUGAAUCCAUGGAGACUCUGCUCAGUAACACAAGUGGAAGAGCUCAAGUCCAUAAUCACUCUUCUACCAGUAUGGGCCUCAGGGAUAGUCUUUGCCACAGUGUACAGCCAAAUGAACACAAUGUUCGUCUUGCAAGGAAACACAAUGGACCAACACAUGGGGAAGAACUUCGAGAUCCCAUCAGCUUCCCUCUCGCUUUUCGACACGGUCAGUGUACUCUUCUGGACUCCUGUCUACGACCAGUUCAUUGUUCCCUUCGCUAGAAAGUUCACACGUCAAGAACGUGGCUUCACUCAGCUUCAACGUAUGGGAAUAGGUCUCGUGAUCUCGAUCUUUGCCAUGAUCACUGCAGGGGUUCUUGAGGUCGUUAGGCUUGACUACGUGAAAACCCACAACGCAUAUGAUGAUAAAAAGAUCCCCAUGUCGAUCUUCUGGCAGAUACCUCAGUAUUUACUCAUUGGGUGUGCUGAAGUUUUCACCUUUAUAGGUCAGCUUGAGUUUUUCUAUGACCAGGCUCCUGAUGCCAUGAGAAGUCUCUGCUCUGCUUUGUCUUUGACAACGGUUGCGCUUGGGAACUACUUAAGCACGGUUCUUGUGACGGUUGUGAUGAAACUGACUAAGAAGAAUGGUAAACCGGGUUGGAUACCGGAUAACUUGAACCGGGGUCAUCUUGAUUACUUCUUCUACUUGUUGGCGACUCUGAGUUUCCUCAACUUCUUGGUGUACCUAUGGAUUUCAAAACGCUACAAGUACAAGAAAGCUAUAGGUCGAGCACAUUGAUUGAUUGAAAGAAACUGGUUUCAAGUCUUCAGAUUCUUCACAGGGUUACAGUGUUGGUUUAGGUGUUGUUUAAUAUUAUUUCGAAGUACUUGGUUGUGAUUUUUAAAUGUAGAUAAACGUGUGGUUGAUGAUUUGGGUUUUCCUCAACUUUGUUGUGUGUGUUCCCUGAAUAAUGCUAGUACUUGUACGUAAAAGGUUUAUUUGAUUAAGAAAAAGUUUGAAA